CGCUCUCUUUCCCUCGCCACCCAAAAUCGCACACACACACUCGCCGCUCCCAAAACCCUAAGAGAGAGAGAGAGCAACAAACAUGGCGGCUCCCCCGAUCAAAUCGGUCCAGUGCUUCGGGCGCAAGAAGACUGCGGUGGCGGUCACCUACUGCAAGGAAGGCCGCGGCUUGAUCAAGAUCAACGGCUGCCCAAUCGAGCUCGUGGAGCCGGAGAUCCUCCGCUUCAAGGCCUACGAGCCCAUCCUUCUGCUCGGACGACACCGUUUCGCCGGCGUCGACAUGAGGAUCCGCGUCAAGGGAGGAGGCCACACUUCUCAGAUCUACGCCAUCCGUCAGAGCAUCGCCAAGGCCUUGGUCGCUUAUUACCAGAAGUUUGUGGAUGAGCAGAGCAAGAAGGAAAUCAAGGACAUUCUCGUCAGGUAUGACCGUACUCUCCUCGUCGCCGAUCCAAGGCGCUGCGAGCCCAAGAAGUUUGGUGGUCGUGGUGCCAGAGCUAGGUUCCAGAAGUCUUACCGUUGAGCCUCCAAUCCAAUUUAUGUUUCUGCUGUUUCGUCAUUUCGGUUUUUGAUUCGGAGCUUUAGGGAGCUUUGUUAUGGAUUAUUAUUAUUAUGUUUUGAUAUGGAUUCUAAGUGUUUGGUGAACCUUGUUUCGGAUAUUUAUGCUUAAUUAUAUGUGAUGCUACUUUGAAAAA